AGGCUUGGAGCUGCAGCUGGGAUCUCGCGAGGCCGUGGACAGGCACGGGCCCAUGAGCCCGGCCCGCUCCGUGCGGUCCCGCGCCGCCACGGCGCGCCCGGCGCGGCCCCGGCUGCCGCCGAUCGACUUUGCAGCGCUGCGGGGGUUCGUGUGUGACACGCAGGUUCGGGAGAACACCGCGGCCGUGCUGCGGGCGGUGCUGCAAAGGCUCACCAGCGCGGAGACGCAGCUGGCGGAGCGCCGGGGCUUUCUGGUGGCCAUCCCCUGCUUCGACGUCCUGGGGGUGGCGGGCGCCGCUGACGCGCUGCCCAGGCUGCUGGAGGGUCCGGAGGUGGAUCUGACGCUCGGCAUACUUGCAGCUCUCGCCUGCGAGGCCAUGGGCCGUAGCUACAUCGCGUCCAGCGACGCCAGUGUGGAGAGGAUGGUGACCCUCUUGAAGUGCAAGCCACUGGACUCCUCGGUGCACAUCCAGGCGCUCGCGGCGAUGCAGCGCCUCUCCCUGCGCCGACGCGCCCAGGACCGGAUGAUCGAGAUGGGCCUGGUCGAGUGGGUGGUCUCGGUGCUGGGAUCGCCCAUGGAGGGCUUGGGCGCGCCGUCGGAGUUCUCCUUGGAGUUCGGCUCCGCGAUGCUGAUGAACUUGGCGCUGCGCUCGGCGGGCAAGCGCAAGUGCCUGGAGCAGGACAUGCUGCCGGUGGCGCUGAAGCUUAUGGAGCACUGGAACCCGCAGAUCAGGACGCACAUCAACGGCACGCUCUACUCCCUGCUCUCGGUGCCCAGCUUCCGCGAGAACGCCAAGGCCUCGGGCCUCGAGGCCACGCUGCGCUCCAUCCACGCCCAGGCCAGCGGCGUGGGGGAUGAGAUCUCGGUGCGCCAGAUUGAGUAUUUGCUGGAGCAGCUGAACCCUGAGGCCCCGCCCUCCGACGGCGAGAGCGGGGAGGACGACGAGGACGACGACGAGAACUUUCUCGAGGAGGAGGAGCUCGCAGGGCUGCUGCUGGGGGAUCGCAGCGACCACUCUGCCGAGGAAGCGCUGCGGCCCUUCGCUGCCUCCGCAGCGGUGCUGGAGGCGCAGCAGCGGGAGUUCCAGCGCCUGGUAGGCAACGCGUAGGUCAGGGCAAAGCCCCACGGCCGG